AUGGAAUUCCGCGCCCUGGCCCGCGGCCUCCGUGCCCGACAGACCCCAUGGCUCCUCACGCCUCGCAUCCAGCACUCCACCAUCCUCACCACACUCCGCUACAACUCCUCAAGCUCCUCUCCACAAAAUCCAAUUAAACCUACACAAACCACCGAAUCCCCCGCACAAACAUCCACACCCGAAACCGGGAUCCAGACGGAGGCAACGACCAAAUCCGCCGCAUCGGACUUCGACGAUAUCCUCAACAAGCUCGAACUGGGUAACCGCGCCGGAUCACAGCGUGCCCCGACUCGCAGCAGCCGUAUUGCCGAUGCUAUCUCCGGCACGAUGUUCCCUUCUCCGUCGCGCGAUGGCGUUGCCGGACAGCUUGCCAGCCGGAAGACGGAGCUGAAGCUUGGACCUACGCUUGGUCGGCAAGUGCAUGUUGAGCCGGAGAAGGGUGUGGAUCUAGGUGCUGCUAUUCGGGUUUUGGAGGCUACUUGCAAUGCCAAUCAGAUUAAGCAGCAGGCUAAUGCACAGAGAUUCCAUGUGCGGAAGGGUAUGAAGCGGAAGGAGUUGAGACGGUCGAGGUGGCGGAAGCUGUUUAAGUUCUCGUUUAAUGAGACUGUUAAGAAGAUUCAGAGAAUGCAGGCUCAGGGCUGGUAA